AUGAAGGUCUUCCUGCGCCUGUGGGGGCUGCCUGGAAGCGGGGGGGGUCGCCGGAGGGGGGUGCUGCUCACCCGGACGCGCUGGUACUGCCUGCCCGCCAAGGCGCCGGUGACGCUGUGGGAAGAGGCCGGCGACGGGGUGAUCUACGCCGUGAGCCGCCGGGCGUCGGGGGGCGCCAGCGGGCCCGUCGAGGGCUCCUCGGUGGGGGUGAGUGGCGGUCCCCUACGGGGCGGGGGGUGGCUGGGCUGUGGGUUCAAGAUCCUCCCUCCUCCUCCUCCUCCUCCUCUUCUUCUUCUACCUGGCUCUUUGGGGCUCCGCAGGGCAAGGAGGAGGAGGGAGGAGGCGGCGGCGUCCGCCCCGUUGGAGUGCCCCCUUCCUCCGGGCCAGAGCCGGGCGCUGAAGGCCGCCUCGCUGCCGGGCUUGGUGCGCCACCUGCUGGAGGCCCCCGCGCUGGGCGACCCCUGCUUCGUGCCCGCCUUCCUGGCCACCUAUCGGACCUUCGCUGCCCCCCGCCUGGUCCUGGGGACCCUGCUGGACAGGCUCCGGGCGCUUGAAGACCCCGGCUCUGACCUGGCUCCAGAAAGGACCCAGCUGCAGCGGGCUCUGGGAUCUCUGCUGUGCUCCUGGCUGGACGGCUACCCGGAGGAUUUUGUGGGCCUGGAGCCCAGACUCCGGGAGCAGCUGCUGGACCGCCUGCGCUGGGCCCUCGGGAGGGGGUCUGAGCACGAGAAGAGCCUGGCGCCGGCCCCAAAGGAAGAAGCCCCGGGGACGCGGGGAGAGCCGGAGGGAGAGGAGGCUGCCGUGGAAGACCAGGACGCCAACCCCCAUUACAUCCUGGGCCUGCAAGCAGACGAGGUGGCCGCUUACCUCACCGCGCAGGAUGCUGAGCUCUUCCUCCACUUGGUGCCCCACGAGUGCUUGGGCUCCCUCUGGUCUCAGCGCGACAAGAAGGGCAACGAAGGGGCCUGCCCCACGGUCCGGGCCACGGUGGCUCAGUUCAACCGGGUGGCCAACGCCGUCGUGGCCUCCUGCCUGAGUGACACGGGGCUGCGCGCCACGCAACGGGCCCGCCUUCUGGAGAAGUGGAUCCGCGUGGCCGAGGAAUGCCUCUCCCUCCGGAACUUCUCCAGCCUCUACGCCGUGGUCUCUGCCCUCCAGUCCACCCCGUUGCAUCGACUCAAGCGGACCUGGGAAGAGACGUCCAGGGACUGUAUCCACUGCUAUGGGGAGCUCAGCGCCAUCUGCUCAGAGAAGGACAAUUACCGCCAGAGCCGGCAGCUCCUCUUUCAGGAAGGUUCCCCCAAUCCCGAGCCCACCCAGAGGAGGCAUCAGCGGAAAACACUGGAGCAGCGCCCCACGGGCGUGGUCCCCUACCUGGGCACCUUCCUGAAGGACCUGGUGAUGUUGGAUGCCGCCACACGGAACCGGCUGGAGAACGGCUACAUCAACUUUGAGAAGCACCGCAAGGAGUUCGAAAUCUUGACACAGCUGCGCCUCCUGCAGGCCGCCUGCCGGAACUACACCUUGAGGCCUGACCGCACCUUCCAGAGGUGGCUGGAGAGUCGCCCCCGCCUCACCGAGACCCAAAGCUACCAGCUCUCCUGCGCUAUCGAGCCCCUCGGGGAGGGAGGGACACCCACCAGAUCCACGAAGCCUUCUGUGGUCAUCACCCACUGCACAGACAUGCUCAGCUCCAUUGGGAUGGGCGUCCCUGUGUCAUGGGACAAGCCCAGCUCCCCCCAGGGCUCCCCUGACUUGCUGCUCUCUCCAGCUCCUGCCCUGGCCCAGCACACAAAGUGGCCCUCUGUCUCCGUGCUCGACAGAGCCCCAGAGGACGACGGGCCCUCUUCACCCGAGGGCUUGGCUCCCCCACCGCCCGCUAGGGGGGGCAGCUUCAUCCGCGGGCACCGGCGCUCAGCUUCCUGCGGCUCAGCCAACCCCACGGCCCCCAAGCCGGGGUGCGCCUCUGCCUCUGAGUGCCGCUUCAUCCGGGUGCGCAUGGAGCUGCAAAAUGGCACUCUCUACAAGAGUGUUGUGGUGACGAGUCAAGACAAGGCCCCCGCAGUGAUCGCGAAGGUGCUGGAGAAGCAUAACCAGGAUCGGGGCCUGGCCCCCGACUAUGAGCUGGUGCAGCUCCUGGGCGAAGGCCGAGAACUGGCCUUCCCGCCCAUCGCCAACAUCUUCUACGCCAUGAACAGCUCGAGUUUGGACUUUGUGCUCCGCCGCAAGCGCUCACAGGACUCGGCGUCCCCACCGGUGCCCCCUCCCCGGACCCCACGGGGCACGGAUGCCCACGCCACUUUCCCAAAGAUCAAAGCCACCGGGCGCAAGAUCACCAAGGCCUUCUUCUGAGGGGGAGACGGGCGUGCCCCGAAGAGAGACUGUGCCCACGGAGGGAGGGGGCACCUGCAGCCGACUGGAACAGGGCUUCGGGGGCAACUGCCUCCCCUUUGCCAGCUUCUGCGGGGGCAAAGUGAGCUGGCUUUUUGUGCCCUUUGCUGCAGUUUGUUGCACCUGUGGACAAGCGUGGGUUUUCCAGAGGCUUCGUGGAACUCAGUGCGAGAGGCUCGCGGAGCCAAGGAAGGAAACUUGGGGGGCUGUUGGGGGUGUGGCCUGAGGUCACAUGCCCUUCCUUCUAAGCCUUGCCAGUGUGGUGAGGCUACCACCAGGGAGAAGCCCUUUGUCACGCCAGUCUUCCACUGAGUGCUGCCUUCGGUCUUCCACACCGGGCCCAGACGGCCUCCUUCCUUCCUGUCCAGACAGGAAGUGGGCUUCUCAGUCGCCUGUUUCUGGCGGGGUAAGGAGGGAAUGUGUUUCUCCCUGGUGUGAAGGAGACACAGUCGCUUUCCGUGCCCCACACAUCUUCCAGGGCUGGGGUGGGGCUCUUCCUCUUUAAUACUUGUGCCCCGCCAUGGGGCAGGUCUGAGGGAAGCAAUUUCUCAGGGAAUCUUGACUAGGGCCGAGAUGCAAACUCGCUCUUUCCAACUUCACCCGCCCCACAUGUGGAGGGAAAAGGGGUGCAGCUGGAAUACCCCUGUGCUUGGCGAAACUCUGGACUUUUAACACUAACGUACUGAAGACACUAGGCUGGGUGGGGGGGACGCUGGACCCUUCCCCCAGCCAGCUUCUGCUAGGAGAGCAGCGGAGUUCCCUCGCAGGCCAGAGGGGUGUCUUGUAAAGGCAGAAUGUGGCCCCUCCGGCCUUUCUGUCUCAAAGAGCACUGGGACGUGAGAAUGAAGCUCUUGACCUCGCGUCGGCAAAAAACCGAGUGGAGUAUAAAUACUUUAAUAAAUGCCGCUGUUUUUGA